GUGUUUAAACCACAGGUGUUUUCACCAGGGAGGCAGAGCCCGAGCCGGAGCGCGGUUAUCUCGGACUUAGCCGAUGGCGAGAGCUCGGUGAAAUAAAAUGAUGGAAGACAGACGCCGAGCUGGGCUGACUGCUGUUGGACUCGCUGUAUGACAAGAGGUUAAAGAGCAUUUGCAGAACACAAGAAUCAUCCAGUCUGUGUGCUGUCUGCAGAGACGACGCUCCUCUCCAAACCGCCGGCAGCCUCCCAGUCUCGCAGCGAUGGAUCCAUUUGAUGGCUCAAAUCCAGCAGAAACUUUAAGGCGAGUUUCAGCUUCGCUGGGCUGCAGUCCGACCUCCGCGGAAGUGGCUGCGUACCUCGACAAACAUGACGAACUGAGACAUCUCAGGGAGAAAUUCCUGGUGCCCAAAAUUGCAGACAUGCCUCCAUCUGAUCUUUCGCUGGUCGACGGCACCAAAGAAUGCAUCUACUUCGUGGGAAACUCGCUGGGGCUUCAGCCCAAAACGGCGAGGAAGUAUGUGGAAGAGGAGCUGGAGAAGUGGGCCAAAAUGGGCGUUCAUGGUCACACAGAAGGCUCUCGACCUUGGGCGUGGGCUGAAAACAACCUGGAGGAACUCAUGGCUAAAGUUGUUGGAGCCAAAGCUGAGGAGGUCGCAGUAAUGAACGGCCUGACCGUGAAUCUACACCUUCUGAUGCUUUCCUUCUACAAACCGACGGCAGCUCGGCACAAAAUCCUUCUGGAGGACAAGGCCUUCCCGUCAGACCACUACGCUGUAGAGUCUCAGAUCCGACUGCGAGGGUUCGACCCUCAGAAGAGCAUGCUGCAGCUGUCACCCAGACCGGGAGAAGAGACUCUGAGGACCGAGGACAUCCUGCAGGCGAUCGAGAAGGAGGGCGACUCCAUCGCCGUGGUGAUGCUCAGCGGCGUUCAGUAUUACACCGGUCAGCUGUUCAACAUGGCUGCCAUCUCUGAGGCCGGCCAGAGGAAGGGCUGUUAUGUGGGAUUUGAUUGCGCCCACGCCGCCGGAAACGCCGAGUUGAAGCUGCACGACUGGGGAGUCGACUUCGCCUGCUGGUGCUCCUACAAGUAUUUGAAUUCAGGUGUUGGUGGAAUAGCCGGAGCGUUCAUCCACGAGAAGCAUAAAGGCACCAUCAGACCUGCGCUGGUGGGAUGGUGGGGACACGACCUGAAGACUCGCUUCCAGAUGACAAACGAGUUGGAGCUGCAGCCCGGCGUGAGCGGCUUCAGACUGUCGAACCAGCCCGUCCUGCUGGUCUGCCCCUUGCAGGCCAGUCUCGAGGUGUUUAACAUGACCAGCAUGCAGGCGCUGCGCAGGAAGUCCGUCCUGUUGACCGGUUACCUGGAGUACCUGAUCCGGCAUUACUACACCGAGGACCCGGCCCAGCCUGACAAACCUCACGUCCGCAUCAUCACGCCCUCUGACCCUCAGCAGAGAGGCUGUCAGCUGUCACUCUCCUUCUCCGUCCACGUCGGAAAGGUCUUCCAGGAGCUGGAGAAGAGGGGCGUUGCUUGUGACAUGAGGGAGCCCAGUGUGCUGCGAGUUGCUCCGGUGCCGCUCUACAACUCCUUCAGCGACGUCCAUCACUUCAUAGAAACGUUGGGAUCAGCUCUCGCUGCCAGUGAAUGAAGAGAACAGUGAAGGUUUACUCUGAAAAUAUCCGCUCUGACUGAAGUACUGAACUGUAGUGUAGGUAAACAAUCAUGUUUUUAUGUGUAUCAAAGAUAUUUAACAAACAUUGGCUGAAAAUUAAAAAAAGUUUUACUCCACCA